UUCAGCUGGAAGUUUAACAGAGUAUGAAUAUACUUGUCCAGUAGAAUGUGUCUGUUGUGUAAGACUUCAGUGUGACACUUAUAGAGUGCUCAUUUAGGUUGAUUGGUACAGAAUUACAAAGAACAACUAGGAAGGGGUGGGGGGAAGCUUUAUUCAUUAAUAGAUCAAAGGAGGAAGAGCGUUAAAGUGAUCACAUUGUUGAGAGUGAACGGUUGAUCAGCCCUAUAACUGGUAUCUGAAUUGGGUAAACUGAUUCCUGGGGUGAAUAAAUAGAAGAUCUUCUAAACCUAGGUCUUAAAAGCAGUAAGCAAUUCAUAUUGCAGUCUGUGUGAAUGUGGAGCAGAAAUGCAGAUUUGUGUCCCAGAAUCGGGGGUGGCUGCUGCCAAGUGCUGGGGUGAUAUUCCCGAGCUGCCUUUUAGUGCACUGGCAGUGGACUGUGUACAGCCUCCCUGGGAAAUCCAGACCAGUGCUUUGGCUGCUGGUCAAGCGCUUAUAUGGGUUUGUCACCAACAACUCCACGUGUUGUUUUCAGGAAAAGUAUUUUCACUUAAUCAUUCCAGGUUUUCCUUAGUCCCUCUGACAUUCAAAACACUGCUGCUUUGCUGUAGGAUGAGCAGUUUGGCUGUGUGGCACAGGUGCUGUGCUGAACGAGCUCAGCUCAAAGGGAAACUCACGCAAUGUGUGAUGUGGUACUACAGUUAGGCUUGGGUUGAGUUUUGAACAAUGAGGGUUUAAUUACUUUGUAAGCACAGGAGAAAAUUUGCAAAUAAACAAAUGUCUUCUUGACUGUCGGGAACCACUUCUGCUGUCCCAGAGAUUUAAUAUCUUCUGUCUUGCUUUUACUUUCUAUGGUUGUAUUGGUUGAGACUUCUUUGUUUUGAGUUUGUUUUUUUAGGUUGUUUGGGGUUUGGUAGUGGUUUUUUCUUUUAUUUUGGAGUGGGGUUUUUUUGUCUUUUAAAAGAGUUAUUAACGUUUUGAAGAUUAAAAAAAAGAUGAGUAAGGCUAAGGAAAAGCAUGUUGUCAGCAUUAGGGGAGAACAUUUCAGGUGAAGCAUUUCAGGGAUUUAGCUCAUUGCAAACUGGACAAACUUGGAGGUAGAAUUUAUCAUCCUGAGCCAGACCAAGGGUCUGGUAACCCUCAUUCCAAUGAGGCCUGGUGCAGGACACAUCUUCAAGCAGUGUGCAGACCUUGUCACAACAGAUGAUGCUUUGACUACGGGGCAGGGUUUCCACUCACAGGGUUAGUCACUGAUGGGGACCAUCUUUCUCUGUUGUUCUCUGAUGGAGUUGUGCACUCUGCACACCCAGAAGACUGGAUGCCCCAGCUCACAGCUGCUCAGCAUCUUGCAGGAUGAAGCUCAUAGUUGAGAAAACAACUGCAAACUGGCUUCUGUCCUUUGGAGGUAAGAGCCAAAUUGCUGUUGGUCUAUUGCUCACGGCUGCAUUGAUGGUGUCUGUCCAGCUUUUCCAGGCUCCCAGGGACUGAGGUAAUGUUUCCUGUCCAGCUACACUGAGCAGCAACCAAUUUAGACCAAGUGAGCCAUAAUGACAGUACAGGAACCAGAGGAGUGCUGACCACCUUCCAGGAGGAGGGUCGUCUUCUCUGUACAUAAGCCUUCAUCCCUCGAGCUGCCAACCCUAUCCUGACCUCUCUGCCCACUCCAGGCAGCCUGUGCCUUCACAUCACCCAUUUGCACUCAUGCAGUCCCUAUUUCAUACAAUCAUUUCAAUCAGUCAUUUCCUUCUGAUAGUUUUUUCCUUCCAACAAGACAUCAGGGUACUGUGAAACGUUUGUAGACAUCUGAUAGGCAUGCACAGUGCAGCUGGUUGUAUUUCAAACCUGCAACUUGGAGCAGGUCACCCAAGCCGCCAGCUUAUGCGAGGGCAAAGCCAGCCCCAGCUUAUUGCUGUAUUUUAUUUCCUGAGAGCACUGGCAUCACGCUACUUUGCCAGUGUCUGGCUGGCAUCUCUGCGAUUCCAGUUGAAGCAGGGGUGAGUGCAGGGAGAUGGCUGGAGAGGGCUUUUCAUGCUAAGGCUCUGUUAUUGAGCCUUAACAGCUUGUGAUUGACAAAUACUUAUUGCUCCCACCUCCCAAGGGACUGACUGCUGAGCAGGGAAUGAUUGUAAAAGAUAUUGUACUCUGAAUGAAAUUUUAGGAGCUGUAAUUACGCAUUGCUGUAGCUAUGAUUACUGCUGUCAGUGUCUGUCCCUGCUCUUGUUUUGACCGAGGGCAGCAAGCUGCAGUUUUGCCUGUGUGCAGGAAGGUGUGUUAGAUCUGACAGUGGCCAGACAGAAGCUAGGCACCUGGUCCAUAGCUGAUGAAGUAAUGGCCUCAAAUUAGAGAUUUCAGCCAAGCUGGCUGAUGAAUAUGCAUUUAUAGGACCUGAGAAUCUGGUCACACGCAUCUAGCGGAGAUGGCACAAGGUGCCUGCCUAGCCAUGACUUCCAGUUGCAAUGGGUACAAUACAAAUACCCAUUAUUGCUCCAUGCAUUUCCCUGCGGCAAUGAGUAGAAGCACAAACUGCAAAGUAGCACAGAACAGGUACAAUACCUGUGAGCCUUUGUCCAAACAGACUGUCAAGGCAAUGUGCUUGUUUUGUGGAUCCCCUGCCCAGAAGAGGCUGGAGCCAUGUGCGUGGAGACAGGGGUGAGGAGGGACAGGGGCUGCGGAGGAAGCAGCCUUGUCCUGUUCCCAAAAAGGUAGGUGCAAGGGGCUGAGCAGCCUCCAUUUGUACUUUCCACCUGCUGCAGCCUUUUAGGAAGGGGCUUUCACUUGUGAUGGUUGUGUGUGCCUGAAAACCAGCAGCUGGCAAUAGGAGCAUACCCAAUUAUUCACAAGUAGUACUUUCGGUUCCUGUAAAAGGAAUGGAGCUGGCACCUGUUAGGCAAGUACACCUUGCAUGUGGAAAAAGUAAUCACACUGUUACUCCCACAGUUGUUUUUCAUUUCAAGAGUUAAUUGCUUGGCUCUGCAUGGAGCCAGCCUACAGGGCUGGGUCCUUACUGUCCCCAUCCCAUCUGUCUGCAGCAUCCAGGAUAGAUGGGGGUGGCCACACAGGUCUAGUUUUGACAAGUGCCUCUGCGUGGCAUUUUCUUCUGAGGGAAAAACAUUUGCAAAGAGCCUGGAGCCCGUUGCUCAGAGGAGGGUGGUAUAAAAAUGCUAGAAAUGGAAGUGAUGGGAGUGUGGGCUGGCAUGGAGGUGGGGAGAGAGGGGUUUCAGGAAAUUGUCUUGCACGUGUGUUGGGAAAGAGCAUGGAACUCUUGUUGGUAGGACAAGAUCAGCACAGUGGUCACCUUUCUUCAGCAGUGUCAUGGAGACUUCAGUGUGUGAUGUAUUUCAACCUGAAAUAGGUAACUGAAAUAGGGCAAAUGAUUGGUGCCUUAAAACUGCUUAUUUCUCUGGCUAUAAAGGAAACUCCAUGGUACACAGCUAUGGGUGAGUUAGUGAUCCUACCCCUGUGCUGUCAGCGGGCAAGGGAAGAAGGCUGUUGGUCUUGUGCAGGGGUCUAGUGCGUGUCUGUAAUCCAGGUCUCAGGCUCCUAUGAUGUGUUUUUUUUUUUUCCAGUGAGGAGAAAUAGCAAAUUUUAAAGGCUUAGCAUAAACCAAGCUUGUGCCCUCCUCCGCACUGUGAAAAAAACACUCUGGUAACUUCAAUCUGCCAUGUAUUUGUAACUUUGAGGCUUGCGUCUGGGAGGAGUUGAAAUAUCAAUGCUGUUCUCCAAAUGCCUAAAAUGUUAUUAUUUAGCUACUGCAUUAUGUGUCACAUUAAUGCUAUGAAAUGCAGGUAAUACUUACUCAGACUUUAGGGAACAGACAUGACACCUUUGCUCAGAUCCUUUGCAUGUGUGGAGGAGACAAAGCUAGGCUGCUUCUCCCCCCUGCACCCACAGCUGCCAGCUGUGGUCUGUCCACCUGUGAAGCAGAUAGCGAUGCGGGGACCUGGCUGGUCUGCAAGGCUGAGCACCCUUUCUUAGAGGAGCAGUAUGGGAAUAAAUCCUUUGGGAUUGGGUGCUGGGUAAUUCCUGGUGCUAAUGUGCCAGGUACAGGGGGAAACAAAUAUUUAGGCGGCAAAGUUUUCCCUGCCUGCUCCAAAUUGAAAAUGCAGCACUGCAUUGUAUUCCCUGUCACCAGUACGUGCUCAGCAAAGGGAUUUGGAUCUGGAUCUGACCAUAAGGCAGGAGCUGAUGUUGAGUCUUUGGGAAAGGGCCAAGGACAUGUGCCUUGAGUCCUGUUCUCCUCCUGGUCUCUCCUGUACCAGUUCAUUCAUUGGUCCUUUUCCUUUUGAUGCUGCUGUCAAAACCCAUAGGUAUAAUGAGAAGUGCACCAGCAACGUGAAUACUAUGACAAUACCUUGGACUUAGAAAAAAAAAAAAAAAGAAGGAACAGUGUGUUUUUUGGUAAAUAUUAAUUUAUUGAGUUUUCAAUGCUGAGAUGUCUCAAUUGACAGAGGAGAGCAGCCAUUAUGUGCCUCUACCAUCAGCUUGCUCUCUGCAGUGCCAUCUUCUAUCUUGGUUUUGGCAUCUCUAAUCCCUUCUGCUGUCUGCACUCAUAUCUUUUCUCUGUCCUCAUGAACACCGCACAGUCCAACUUGUCAAACAGAAAAGUUAAAUUUCUGCAUCUUUUUACCAGCCCUGCCAGGCCUCUUGUCUCUGACUCAGCCACCUCUUCCCUGGUAGGCUGAGGGUGCCAGCUUUAGCCUGGCCAGGUUUCUUCCAUCGUCCUUGCCUUGCUGCUUCCCAUCCCAGCCAUUUCCAGCAAUGUAGCAUCUUGGGAGAGUAGGACUUGGGGAAAUGUACAGUGGUAUUUAGAACACUAGUCAGACAGCUGUUUCCCUCACCCUUAUUCCAUUUCUCACCUCUGGUGUAACAACAAUAAUCCUAAAUGUUAUUGUUUUGAUGGUUUGGGGUUGGGUUUUUUGUUGUUGAUUUUGUUUGUUUGUUUUUAAGGCUUAUUUUAAGGUUACAAUGUGUGGGCUGGGGUUUCCUUUCCUUGCAAAACAAAGGCAGAGCUGCUUGGGCAGUCAGGCUGAUGCUGUGGGAUGCUCUCUGGAUGGGAUUUGGGAGACAGACCUUGGUCUUUCAACCCAGGGUUACUGAAGGCUGCAGGGACUUGGGGUCAGGUCGGGGUGCUGGCAGUGAGCACUCUUGGGUGCACUGGUGCCAUGGAUGUUUCAGGGCCACCAGUGAGGAGGGAGGUGACCUCAGGACAGGUGGCUGGUGGGGUGGUGAGUGACCUGUGUUAUUAAAAUGCCAGGUAUGCACAGCUCAGUGUUUAUCCCCUUCUCACACAGCGGUACUUUGAUGCAAUGCAGCACCAGGUCUUUGGGGGCUGAGCUAAAUGCAGGUUUGAUGUAAAAAAAACCAAAAAAAAAGCCAAACCAACACCAAACAACAAAAAAUGGUAAUUGUUGGAGGUGCCUUAAAAAGGCUGGCAAUGUGAACUCAUAUCUGGCCAGGGACGGGUAUAAUUUUGUCACAGGUCAAGAGGAAAAUAUAUUCUGUAGUAUCUGCAGCACGGGUCAGGUGGGGAAGAAGAGGGAAACCAUCUGCCAAAGGUGUGCACAUGUGUGAGAGCGAGUGGCUUAAUGGUGCCUGUCUCGAGGCCAAGGGGCUGUGGGGAAAGCAGCAGGGCCAGGGUAGCACCAGGGCCUCCCUGCAUGGGGGACAGGAGGAAGGAGAAAAAAGAUGCUAGUCACACUUGGCACCUGCGUAGUCCUUGCACAGUCCUCACAGGGCAGACACGCACAGUCCCCUGGCUGGUAAUGAUGGGGGGAAGAGGCGGGAGAUUUCGGAGGAUGAAAUUAAGCAAACAUUCACAACAGCAGGGCCAACACACUGACAUGUCUGGUUUCAUAAGAUGCCCUGCCAAGCUGGAGUGGUGUCACAGCAUGGGGGAUGCUUGCUGGAUGCUGUUGUCUGUUGAUGAUACAUCCUGAGCAAAUUCAGAUAAUCUGCAGUUUACAGAGCCUUGGCUCCAUCCUGACCCUGCUCAAGUUUCCUUAAGUGACUUAUUUGGCAGUGCCAACAUCUGUGAAUCCCUGUAAACCUGCAGCCCUUUCCAUGUCCCCUGGGCUAUGCCUUGCCCUCUGGGAAUUUGGGUCACCGUACCAAAGUGCUAUUGCAGGUGACUGGUUUGCCAGGGCUUUACAGCAGGGCAGGCCAGCAGCUGUUUGCCACUGAAGGUGAACCACGUUUCAUGGGCUUACCCUGCCACGGUGGCUCCCUGGAUUGGGGCUUUGCUGUCUGAAGGCCUCUUUUUUCUACCCAGGGCAGCAGAAAUAUCUCCUUCCACCUAGAGAGGAUGUGCAAAUGCUCCUCACAGAGCAUCAAUGCUGUCAUUUACCCUUUCCCAACAAUACACCACCUGUAGGCACCCUCCUCAUGGUCCCCUUGCCCCGUGGCCAUGCCCACCAUCUGUGGCUUGGCUGUGAAAAGAGCGCAGCUUGCAGAGCAGGGACUCCUUGCCUGCUUCAAAGCAACCUACUUGCACUUGCAGGGUGUUUUUCAUUAGCAGAGAUGGGGCGUUUGUGGGCAUGGAGGAUUUAGCAAUGGCCAAAGACAGCCAAGGAAGUCGCCUUCCUUCCACCCAGGCUGGGGCAAAAGGAAAAGCUGGUGUAUGCCUGGGGCAUGCUGGUCCUGUCCUAAACUGCACGGGCAGAGAGGUCAGUUGCGCUGGCAGGGUGCGUGCAUGUGUGCAAGCUCCCUCUCAUACUGUCUGUGAGUGAGCUGGCGCUCUGUGCUGCUGGCUUACUCUGUUGUUUAGAGUAGGUAAUCCAUGCUACACCAAGAAACCUUGGGGUAUAUAUGGUGCAUGUAUAUGUGGUCAUAUAUAUAUAAUUGCAUGUACAUGCCCAUACACAUGUGCAUGUGUUGUUGCCCGUGUUUUCCAGAGCGGACAUUUCAUGCCCUGGCCAGCAGCUGGAAAAAGUGCUGGGGACGCCACACUCCCUCUGUACAGGGGGUGGGAUCAUCCCUGCACACCUUCAUUUAGUAUUUCCUUUCUCCCUUGCACGAGCGCAUGUGUGGGCACGAAAAUAGGCAUGUCCUCUCCUUCUAGCACAAUGUUUUGUGCUCCUGUCCUGAGGCACAGGGGAAGGCUGAGUCCCAGCAGGGGAAUGGUCCCACACAGGUUUCAGCAUCCUGGCCUGUGGCACAGGGCAAACGUCGCUCCCAAAUGCACACAUUAGGAGGAUGCCAUCCCUGGGAUGGGGUCCGGUGCUUGGCGUGGGUGAUGCCAUAGUUGUUUGUGUGUAUCACGGCGGGAAGUGUGUGAACAGAAUAAAUUUAGCAGUCAAAACACAGGGCUGGCGCAGUUAGUCAUUAACUGCAAGCCUGUCUCGUCAUCCUGCAACCACAAGGAGCUUUUUUAGGGCCGGCGUCCCAGCGGAGGCCAGAGGAAGCGUGGGAGGCCAGUUCCCGGUGACACCUCCGCACGUGGCAGUGCUGCCUGCCGGUGCCAUUGGCUGCCCCCUGCCCAGGGCCGGCACCAGCCAGCUGUUAAAUGCCCGUGCAGCCACACUGGGGCACACAGCCUGGGGGCAUCCCAAAACAGGCAGCCAGUUUGCCCCAUCCCAAGCACUGGAAGAGACACCGACUUGCACCACGCCUUAAGCUGCAGGGACCACAAUUGACAUGAAGGCUGCCUUCCUGGUGCUGCUCCUCUGGGCCAUAGCCUGUGCUCACCCCGUGCCUGGCCGUGAGCCUGCCCGACCCCGCCGCAGCACCCAGCAGGAGGACACAGCAAGUGAAGAUUACAUCCACAAGCUGGGCAACUUCCUGGGUGGUGGAGAUGGUAGACAUCCUCCUGCCAGCAUGGAGAGGGGGGACAAUGCCCUUGCCGGGGACCUGGCGGGUGGGAACGCCGUGGGCGAGGAGCUGGGUGAGCAUGGUGGCCAAGACAAGGGAGGCAGAGCUGGGGAGGCUCAGCACCUGAACUGGGUGGACCACGAGGCUGCAAGUGCCCAGGACGGGAAUGGCCUUGGUUUCCUGGAGGAGGAUGCACGGGAUGCUGAUGAUGGUGACAACAGAGAGCGCCAUGGCACUGGAGUCAGCGGGCUUACUUCCCAUGCUGGUGGGCUCCUGGAUGAGGAGGAUGACAGUGGGGAUGACACCUUCGAUGAGAAUGGGGAAGAGGAGAGGGGCGAAGGUCCUACUUACGUGGCUGGUGUCGAUGGGACAGGCGAACACGGCCAUGAUGCUGGCCAUGGGGAUGCUGGGGCUGGUGGAGGGCAUGGCGACAGCAGCAGCAGUAGCAGCAGUGAGAGCAUUGGGGCAGACCACCAGCGGUACAGGAACUACCUCGGCAGCUGGUAUGGACGGACCUACAGGCGGGGUGGGGGCAGCAGCAGCAGCCAGGAGGAGGAGAGCUAUAAUUUUGAGGAUGAAGCUAUGCAGGGCGAUGACCCCUCCGUCUUCGAUGGCCCAGGCAGCAGCUAUAAGGGGCGCCGUGCUGGCCCCCGUGCCCCAGGGAGCAGCCGAGAGAGCGGCUUGGGGGCUGGCUUCCACCACUGGGAGGAAGGUGACAGCAGGUCCCCAGAGGUAGAGGACACUGACUCAGGAGAAGACAGCCCAUCCACAGAGGACAACAGUCAGUCAGAAGAGCCUGCCACCAGCCAGUCAGAGGAAAACAGCACCAGCCGCUCUGGGGAGGAUGGGGAGGGAGAGGACGGGGAUGGGGAGGACAGCCCCUCCAGGCAGGGCGAGAGCAGCAAGUCAAGGGAGCGCACUGCAGAGCAAUCAGACAAGGAGCUUGGGGAGUCCCCAGAGGACACCUCCCAGGAGGUGGUGAGCCGGGAAGGGCAGGAGGACCAGGAGUCUGCCAGGGACAGGAGUGCACCUUCCACUCCUGACAGCAAGUCCAGGGAAGACCAGGGUGACAAGAGCAAGUCCAGGGAAGAUGAUGGUGACCAGAGCCAGUCCACAGAGGACACUGUGGAGGAGUCAAAGGAGGACAAGAAUGACUCCAACCCUGAUGGGGACGUGCCAAGCACAUCAGCUGAGAGCCAGAGUGAAUCCCCAGAGGAUGAUGGCAGCCAAGAGGACAAUACAGGUGAGGACAGCAGGUCCACAGAGAGCAACAACAGUGAGUCCCAGGAGGAUGAGGAGGAGGAGGAGAGCCACUCGCAGGAGGAUGCCACCCGUGAGUCCAGUAGCCAUGGGGAUGACAGCUCUCCACAGAGCCUGGAGAGCGGGAGCCGCAAACGGCGGCCAGGUGCCUACCGCAACAAGCCUGCUGCUGACUACGAUGACAAUGACUGCCAGGACGGAUACUGACACGUGUCCCACAGCCUUGGUGCUGGGAGGUAUGGGGGGAGGAGGGGUUUAAUUUAUUUGCUAUAUAGCCUGGUUGAUUUCUUCCUGGGAAGAUGCUGUGGGUAAAAUGGAGGCAAGUUCACCAGGGCUUGACCUGGGCACACCACAUGGGUUGUGAAGUGGAAGGUGAUGCCAGACACACAGAAAACGCCAAACUACAGUGAGAAAAGCAAUUUCCUAUACCAAAUCAGAGAGCAGCCAAGAGCUGUGAGUGCCAGCAGGGUGAUGCUGCCCGCUUGCCACAAGGGCACAGUGGUGGCUUGGCACUCCGGGAGCUGUGCCUGGGCAUGCUGGGCAGAAAGGUCCCUGCAUUCACCCCUUGUAUUUACCUACCACUGCCGUAAGAGCCUCUGCCCAGACUCCAAUGGGAGCUUUCUGUUAGCUCUAUGUCCUGCAUAUAAGGGGGAAAAGCUACACCUGGUGUGCACAUGCAGUGCGUGGGCUCAGUGGUGUGCGAAGUACCACUUCAGGAUGGGAUGUAUGUAAUAUUUUGUAAGAAAUGUACAGAAAACAUUAUAUUAUAUCCUUUUUGCACUUGUAUUUCAAAGCUGAAAUGUACCCUGUUGAUUUCUUUAAUUACCAUUAAAACCAUCAAACUCCAGUG